GGCGAACGGAACGGCGCAUGCUAUAAAGUGUUCUUCAGACUGUUCAUUCAAACUAUAAUCUGCUGCGUCUUCUACGUGAAACUAGGGAAAAUUCUCACGGACUGAAACCACUCAAAAAAGAAAAAAUAACAUAACCAUGAAAAUGUCAGCUUCCGAGCUGUGCAAGGUUCUGAAGGAGGGGGAACUGGAGAAAAGAAGCGAUAGCCUCCUCCAGUUUUGGAAAAGGAAGACGUGUGUCCUCACGGAGGAUAGCCUGAACAUUUACGCCGACAGCCAGAAGAAGUCUAAGAGCAAAGAACUGAAACUUCAGUCGAUCAAAAAGGUGGACUGCGUGGAGCGAACGGGAAAAUUCGUCUACUUCACAAUCGUCACCACUGACAAUAAGGAAAUUGACUUCAGAUGCACAGGCGAUGAUAACUGUUGGAAUGCCGUUAUCACGAUGGCUCUGAUUAAUUUCCAGAACAGAAGGGCCAUUCAGGAUUUUAAAACACGACAGGAGACCGAGAGCACUUCGCCUGGGCAACAGGAAAGGCGACUGGCAAGGGCGCCGUGAGAGCCGUGCCGCAAUGCUGUCCAUGGAAUUCCAUAGUUACUCCUAUACCAUGUUAUUCUGGACCAUGACGAAUAUUUGGACCAAACGAAAACGGACUCUGGUCAGAAGAUGAAGGAUUGUACGGGACAGACGCGCGUCCUUGAGGAACUUCAGAUAGCUUAUCCUGGAACCUUAAGGCUUCUAUGAAAAGAAGAGACAAUUUCAAAACUUGCUACCAAAGACUGAAUACUAUACCCUUAAGCGUAGGCUUUGAUGGUAGAAACGCCUUGCGAUUGACAGUAUAUAUUUAUUUAUUUUUUGCAAAAAGUGAUCUGUAUGAAUACACAAGUGUUGUAUAAAUUAUUUACUAUUUCGUCGUGUAUUUAUUUAAAUCAAUGUUUUAUAGUCCAGUUUUGUUGCAUUUGCUUUGAUAACUUAAACCAUGUUUUGUUACACGUCGAGAGCCAAAAGUGCUUUUAUUUGUUCACUUGAACGAAACGUACAGCAACUGUCAUCACCUUAUUUUCAGCUUAGCCUGAAUAAAGUUUCUAAGUAAAAAC